UUGAAUUUGAAAUCACUAAAAGCCACCUUGCCUUUUGUCUUUCUUGCAAUGAACUUUCAUUUUCUUAUGGUCAAGUUUCAUGACCUUCAACUGUUUGUUAAAAUGCUUGAAUAAGCGUGGGGUUUACUUAUCCACUUAAGGUUUUUUGCUUUUGUUUGUGAGAAUGAAGAAAAGUCUUCAGCUAAUAUGAACUGCUUUUAACUCUUGGAUUUAUCUAGUCCAACAUGAGAGAACUUGUAUACAGAUAUUAUUUUACUACAAUGAAGAUGCUAAGUAUCAAACACAGUAAAGUCAAACAAGAACCCAAUGAAAUAAUACUCAGAAAAGCAGCACAACAGGAAUGCUUGGUUCAGAAAUAUCAGUGUGAGAUUCCUACUUCCAAGUUGAAGGAUAAACUUGGUUUAUAUGCUUGUCAUGUUUCUUCGACGAGUUGCAGUUGUAUUUCCUCACUCGAGAAGGCUUCUUAGCAGUAACAGCAGACAUGAUGUCUCAAGUACUAUAAUGGAGCUCAAUAAGGAAAUGGAAUCAGUAUUUGGUGAGCCUCCUUCAAGUUAUCUUGCCAAUUCUGUAAGUGAUGAACAUUUAGCUCAGGAGCCCCAGGCUCUCCCCCAAAAAGAAAGAGAGAGUUCAAUUGGCCUAACCCAUGUUGGAAAUACAGGGGAAGCCCAAAUGGUAGACGUUUCUUUUAAAGGAAGUACUAAAAGAACUGCCAUCGCUAGUUGCAAGGUAAUCCUUGGAAAGAAGGUGUAUGAUUUGGUGUUAGCUAACCAGAUUGCUAAGGGAGAUGUCCUUAGCGUGGCAAAAAUCGCAGGCAUCAGUGGAGCAAAGCACACAAGCACUCUCAUUCCACUUUGCCACAACAUAACCUUGAACCAUGUUUGUGUUGAUCUUACACUUAAUCCUGAAGAUUGGAGUGUGGACAUUGAAGGGGAAGCUUCAUCAACUGGUAAAACCGGUGUCGAAAUGGAAGCAAUGACAGCUGUGAGUGUUGCUGGCCUAACUGUUUACGAUAUGUGCAAAGCUGCUUCAAAGGAUAUCCUGAUGACUAAUGUACGUCUGGAGAGCAAAACUGGUGGGAAGAGUGGGGAUUGGUCCAGACAAGAUUAGUAAUUUAGUAGAGCUUAGGGAAGAGGAAUAUGCAUGUUUUAAACAUACCAAAAUGAUUCUCUUCAUUUUUAAACGAGUUGUCUUUAUUUUUUAGUAUUUUUUUGUUUAUAGAUAAUCAAUAACUUGAAGUGAAAUACUUAAUUACAUUUGCUCAGCUUGCACGUA